AUGACUAUUUUAGCCAGUAGUUCUAAUCGUAUUGCCAGCAUUUGCAGACAAGAAUAUCGAUCAACACAACAAGAACGAUCAGAGCAACAGCUUACAAUGAAUGCACUGGAGUUCCAAUUAGGAUUACAGUGGUGUAGCUCGAUAGCUUGGGAAUUCUCACAUUGUAUGGGAAGUGAUGAUGUGAUUCGAUUUUGGGGCAAUCGAUAUACCCCAAACGCCAAAGAUGUCGCCGAAUUAUUGCAAUAUCUGCGCUCACAUCCCGUUUCCGGAUCGAGAGGAUUGGGUCAAAUAUUUGUACUUUUGCGUGCACAUCUUGCGAUAAUUGUCAUUGAAACAUGGCAAAAGCUACAUGGAGAAGCGCCGUUUGUACAUAGCAGAGUGCGUAGAACUCCCGAAAGAUCUAUCAAGGAACGUCAUGCCAUUCUAGGAAAAAUCUUGAAAGAUUAUGAAGAAAAGUGCGAGCAAUCAAAAGCCUUGCGCUAUACUUGGUUAGAACACCAUCAAGAACCCGAAGCGCAAUUGAUAUUGAAUUGGCUUGAUCUGGAAGGAUUGUCAUUUUUUCUUAUGAUUUCUGGUAGAGCGUUAUACUAUGCCCUUCAAGAAGAUGAAAAUGCGGAUGAAGCUUUACAGUUUACGCCCGAUUUCCUCUACAGAAUGAUUACCGGAAAAGCAUCAAACGACCUAAUUCGUGAAUUUGUUUUUUAUCAUGGUGAUAAUCGAAUCGAUACAGGAGAAUCAGUCUUAAUGGUUGCUUCUUCUCUUACUUCUUUACAAUCUUCACUUCAACGGGAUCUAGUAGUUCCUACUUUAGUAACUUGUGGAUAUAUAAUGGAAGCAUGUAUGUUGGGCAUGGAGGCGCAUGGAACAAGUGCAAGAUAUUGGCAAGCAUUGCCACGAAGAAGUACGUCUUGGCAAAUUGGAAUCAAAGGAACGAUAAAGAUGUUACAUCGAAUACAAGAUGUACCCGAGGAACAUGGAGGAAUCACCACCACUAUUUCACGAAUUUUAGCUGGGAUGGCAGAAGGUAUUUGA